GCCUCCGGCGCGGGCCGACCCUGGGGCUGCGCGCUGGGGCUGAGCCGCCAGAACGUCGGCGCCUCAGCCGAGAGCACACCACAGCCGCUGAGCUGAGCCGGGCCGGGCCGGGCCGUCGGGUUUGAUCGCUCGGAGCACUCGCGGGCCGCAGCGGUGCUCUGGGGCCAGGUGCCACUGGCCUUUGUCCAGGUGGGUGUGUGCAAGCCCAGGGAGCAUGAGGACGCUGGAAGACUCCUCAGGUACGGUCCUGCACCGCCUCAUCCAGGAACAGCUGCGCUAUGGCAACCUGACUGAGACCCGCACACUGCUGGCCAUCCAGCAACAGGCCCUGCGCGGUGGGGCCGGGGCUGGGGGCACAGGAAGCCCCCAGGCCCCCAUGGAGAUCAUGGCACCAGAGGACAGUCAGGUGCUGCAGCAGGCCACGAGGCAGGAACCCCAGGGCCAGGAGCACCAGGGCACCGAGACCCACCUGGCAGAGAACGGCCUCUACCGCCUGUGCCCGCAGCCUGGCAAGGGCGAGGAGCUGCCCACCUAUGAGGAGGCCAAAGCCCACUCACAGUACUACGCCUCCCAGCAGGCGGGGCCCUGGCCACACGUGGGGGACCGGGAUCCCCGCGGGCCCCCGGGAGGCAGCCGGAGGCAGGAUGAGGCCCUGCGCGAGCUGAGGCACGGGCAUGUGCGCUCCCUGAGUGAGCGACUCCUGCAGCUGUCCCUGGAGAGGAACGGGGCCCGCACCCCCAGCCACAUGAGUGCCUCUCACAGCUUCCCCCAGCUGGCCCGCAACCAGCAGGGCCCCCCAGCCAGAGGCGCCCCCACUGCCGAGGGCCCGGAGCUGCGAGGACCUCCACCUCAGUACCCACACGUCAUGCUAGCUCACGAGACCACCUCUGCCGUCACUGACCCGCGGUACCGUGCCCGUGGCAGUCCACACUUCCAGCAUGCGGAAGUCAGGAUCCUGCAGGCCCAGAUGCCCCCUGUGUUCCUCCCGCAGCAGCAGCAGCAGUACCAAUACUUGCAGCAGCCUCAGGAGCGCCACCCGCCCCCACACCUGGCCACCCUCAGCCCUCCUGGGGUGGAGGGCCCGGCAAGCACCCAGGCCUCUUUGGCCACCUCGGGCAGCACCCACCUGGCUCAGAUGGAGACUGUGCUAAGGGAGAACGCCAGGCUGCAGAGGGACAAUGAGAGAUUGCAGAGGGAGCUGGAGAGCACGGCGGAGAAGGCUGGCCGCAUCGAGAAGCUGGAGAGCGAAAUCCAGAGGCUCUCCGAGGCCCACGAGAGCCUAACAAGGGCCUCUUCCAAGAGAGAGGCCCUAGAGAAGACCAUGAGGAACAAGAUGGACAGUGAGAUGAGGCGGCUGCAGGACUUCAACCGGGAUCUUAGAGAAAGAUUAGAAUCUGCAAACCGCCGCCUGGCAAGCAAGACGCAGGAGGCCCAGGCAGGCAGUCAGGACAUGGUGGCCAAGCUGCUGGCUCAGAGCUAUGAGCAGCAGCAGGAGCAGGAGAAGCUAGAGCGGGAGAUGGCACUGCUGCGCGGAGCCAUCGAGGACCAGCGGCGGCGGGCCGAGCUGCUGGAGCAGGCCCUGAGCAAUGCACAGGGCCGUGCGGCAAGAGCUGAGGAGGAGCUGCGGAAGAAGCAGGCCUACGUGGAGAAGGUGGAGCGGCUACAGCAGGCCCUGGGGCAGCUGCAGGCUGCCUGCGAGAAGCGUGAGCAGCUGGAGCUACGUCUGCGGACUCGCCUAGAGCAAGAACUCAAGGCCCUUCGUGCACAGCAGAGACAGGCAGGCACCCCGGGAGGUGGCGGUGGCAGUGGUGGAACCCCGGAGCUCAGUGCGCUGCGGCUGUCGGAGCAGUUGCGGGAGAAGGAGGAGCAAGUGCUGGCGCUGGAAGCUGACAUGACCAAGUGGGAACAGAAGUACUUGGAGGAACGUGCCAUGAGGCAGUUCGCUAUGGAUGCGGCCGCCACGGCCGCCGCCCAGCGUGACACCACUCUCAUCCGGCACUCGCCCCAGCCCUCGCCCAGCAGCAGCUUCAAUGAGGGCCUGCUCACCGGCGGCCACAGGCAUCAGGAGAUGGAAAGCAGGUUAAAGGUGCUCCACGCUCAGAUCCUGGAGAAGGAUGCCGUGAUCAAGGUCCUUCAGCAGCGCUCCAGGAAAGACCCUGGCAAGGUCACCCCGGGCUCCCUGAGGCCUGCCAAGUCAGUGCCAUCUAUCUUCGUGGCUGCAGCAGCGGGGACCCAGGGCUGGCAAGGACACUCCUCCAGCGAGCGGCAGGUGGAUGCCUCUGUCCAACUGGCUGCAGCAGACAGGGCCCCGCUGGAGGAGCCUGUGGCUUUGGCUCCCCUUGCUGCCCACGCCAAACAUGGGAGCAGGGAUGGGAGCACCCAGACUGAUGGCCCCCCGGACAGCCUGGAGCCUGACAGCCUUUUGGGGUGCAGCAGUGGCCAGAGAACAGCUUCACUGGAUUCUAUUGCUACAUCCAGAGUCCAGGACUUUUCCGACAUGGUGGAGAUAUUGAUCUGAAGGAGGUGGUGCCGUGGGGACUCUGAACCAUUUCCUGCUGCCCUCUGCCACACGGCCAUUCCAUCAGGAUGCUGCAUGGGAGAGGGGAACUGUGAGCACCCGUCCCCCUAGAAGACCCUGUUCCUUAGCCCCAUGCUCCUCCUGGGCCUAUGCAGCAUGAGGACUGGGCCUUUACCUGGCUUGCUGCCAAGGGUAGCAGUUGAAAGCUCAGAAGGGAGUAGUGCACCCACACUGCGCACUUGGGCAGGGAGGGAGGGGAUGUGUUGAUUUGGCGGCUGAUUUCCAAGGAUGGCUGCCCAUGGACUCCAGGUGGACUGGUUUAAUAGGCCUGGCUCAGUGUGGUCCCCCCAACUCCAUCUGCUCCUCAGCUCCUCACUGCCUCCUGGGGAUCACCCGGACUUGAAUCUUGGCGGCCUGUUGAGCGUGUGAGUCCUGCAGAGGCCACAGCAUCACCCGCACUGUGGAGAGGACUGGGAUGUGCCGUGCAGUUUGUACAUAAGUCCCUUUCUUGUGAAACAGAAGAUUGAAGUGGGCUGCUUCAGAUUCACCCCCUCAUUCCAUGCUCCCAGCCCUGCUGCCUCGGUUCCUCCCAGCUAUCUCCCCUUCUCAAGUUCUUGGUCCAUGGAUUUUGUUACUGCUUGAUCCACGGGAUACUGGCUGCUUUUUCCCCAUCUUGAGCCCUGUUUGAAAUGCCCAAGGGACCUCACCACCACCAGCCUCUUGAAAUGGCUCCACAGCUCCUGUCCCUGGGACAUCUUGUCAGUUUGGUUAUGAACCCUGAGCUAGAUGAAGUCCGCCACCACAGAUCUGCAUGGUGGGCUUCCCAGCACCAGUUCUCUGAAAGGAAACUGGAGAGAUGGCCUUGUUCUCAUCAGAGUCUUUGUUCCCCCUGGAGGCACUGGGAGAGGGAGCUAUGCUGGUGAAAACUAGUCCAUAAGCUGUAAGACAUGACUCAGAUGGUCCUCUGAAUGGAGCCCCUCUCACAGCAUGGCGCCCUGAGGCUGGCUCCUCAAGCGCCAGUGCGCAGCACCCUGAAACAGGGCCAGCGCUUGGGAACUGGAGUGAAGUGUCCGAGGGCAGCCUGCCAGUAGCAGUGACUUUAACUUCUGGUCUUAAAGAGUCUCCCAACUCAGCCCCAUGAGUGACUGGUGGGUUUUAGUGGUUUGUCUCGGCUGUUUUUAGUUCUCCUUGAGUCUUUGUUUUUGUUUUUCUUUUACUGUUUUUAGGUUUUUGUAUGUGUUAUUUUAUUCCUAUGGUUCCUCAAGUUUCCUUUUUAAACAUUCGCAUUUGCUGGACAAUUGCAUAUUUUUUUAAAAUCCCCCCACCCCACCCCUCUGUAAAACUGAAAAAUGCAUUUGGUUCAUGUGCAUUGUUUACAAAACAAAAAGAAAAAGAGAGAGAAAAAGGCAAAAAAAUAUUGUGAAAGAAAAAAAAACAACUUAAUAUAUUUUGGAUUAAUAUUUGGUAUUUCUUUUUAAAGUAUUUUUUUGUGCUGUGAACAUUUUCUGCCAAAGACCAUGAUGUGUGUCUGUAUGUUUAAGUUAUCGUGAAUAUUUAAAAUGUAAACAUGGCUGUUUUGUUAUGCCACCCUGUACCAGGAUUGCUGCUGCAUUCCACUGGGUAUAACAGUAUUUUAAUAAAAUUUUUUUUUUUUUUUUUUUUUUUUUUAAUUAAAAGCACUGUGUUUGUACAA